GAACCCGCGAGGCUAGGCUAGGGCGGCCAGGCGCAUAUGAGCACAGUCAAGGGUCAGACAGCGGUGGUACGCCAGUGUCUAGUGGCAACAGCUGAGGGACGCCACUACCAGACAUGGCUCCUCCACCCACGUUAUCCUAGCCUAUCCACGUACACGUUUACUUGGUGUUGUGAUCUGUUCUGCGAGACGGUGCUACUGGUGUCUGUAUUUAUGUUGUGUGAGCAAUGAAAGCGUGUGAUUUUUAAUGCAUCGUGAUCUAUUACCUAUAUGUUACAGAAAUCAAAGUGGUGCUGGUGCAUUAUAAUAUAAGACGAGUUUAACUUGCGAAUAAUGGAUGUUUCAUUGGAGACCAUGUAAAGGCGAGAUCAAGCUAUAUACUAGAUAUAAAACUUUGCGAAUCCUUAUAAACAGACAUAAUUUCAAUAAAAGAUGAGUCCGACAGAGACUAUGAAAGGGGCGACCAGGUGCUGUGUAAGGCCCCUAGCACUCCUACCUUCCCUCCUGCUAGCGACGUUGGCCCUCUUCCUCACGCUGCCGACGGAGGCUCUGGCACAGUACAAAACGGAGAGAGCGCCAUUUAACGAAUUUCUAAAUUAUGGCAAAAAGAAACUCAAGCCAGGCCCCGAGUUAGAGAACGAAAUAAUCAAAUCAAAGGUGGAAGUUCUGGGAGAAAUUCUCAAGCAUCAUGUACAUAGUCUAAGACAGGUGCCCAACCAGAGGAUCGAACUGGUGUUUCUGGUGGACUCGUCGGCUUCGGUCGGCGCCGAGAACUUCUUCAACGAGAUCAAGUUCGUCAAGAAGCUGCUCGCCGACUUCGCUGUGUCGUACAACCAGACUAGAGUGGCUGUCAUUACCUUUUCCAGCAAGAGUAAGGUGAUCCGCCACAUUGACCACGUGACCAGGGCGUCAGAGGAAAACCACAAGUGUACUCUGCUAGAGCGAGAACUGCCCAGGAUCAAGUACUCUGGGGGCGGCACAUACACCUUAGGCGCCAUGCUCGAAGCUCAGAGCGUUAUAGCACUGGCUCGACCGAAUGCCGUGAAGGCUGUUUUUCUGGUGACUGACGGCUAUAGCAACGGUGGUGACCCCAGACCUGCUGCCGCCUUCCUCCAGGCCCAGGGAGUCAGGAUCUUCACCUUUGGCAUCCGCAACGGCAAUGUGAAGGAACUGUACGACAUGGCAUCUGUUCCAAAGGAGGAGCAUUCAUACAUCCUGGACUCCUUCGAGGAGUUUGAGGCCCUAGCCAGAAGAGCUCUGCAUGAAGACUUACACAGUGGAGUUUUGAUGGAACAGGAUUCCCAUUCCUGCCACAAGCUAUGCAGUGGUGGCAACUACUGCUGUGAUGCUUACGCCACCUGCACCUGUGGUACCCACACAGGUCAUUAUGCCUGCACCUGCCGCCAAGGAUACUAUGGCACGGGCCUCCGGGGAGACUGUAGGCCGUGUCCAGCAGGGACGUACAAGAACACGCAAGGGCCAGGGGAUGUGUCCUCUUGUAAGCGGUGUCCAGACCUCCACAUGAUGAGUGCCCCAGGGUCUACUUCAUCUCAACAGUGCUACUGUAAGCGGGGGUUCAACCAGGUCGGCAUGCAGUGUGUCAUGUUGCAAUGCCCAGCACUGGAGCCUCCGGAGAAUGGUUACUUCGUGCGCAACACAUGCAACAAUGUGGUGAAUGCAGCCUGUGGUGUCCGCUGUAACCCAGGCUUCACCCUCAGGGGUUCCUCAAUCAGACUGUGUGGCGAGGAUGGCGUGUGGAGUGGCGGGGACGCCCAGUGUACCAUGAAGUCAUGCCCUGAGCUCCAGCCCACGGAGCAUGGGACGAUGGUGUGCUCACAGUCUCGCCCCACCAUGGACACCGAGUGCCACUUCGCCUGUGACCCCGGCUUCCAGCUGGUUGGCUCCAAGACGAGAACCUGUCUCCCCGUUGCUAUGUGGGACGGCAUCCCUGCCUACUGCAAGCCCAUCUUCUGCCCAAAGUUGCCUCCUCUGCGCCAUGGUCAAGUGCGCUCCUCCACCUGCUUCACCACCAAGUCCAAGUAUGGCACCAGGUGUGAGUUUGCCUGUGAUCCCGGCUACCAGCUGAGUGGUCCCAUUAAGACCACCUGUGUUGACCCUGGUGUCUGGUCUAGUGGCCAGAAGAGCCCCAGGUGUAAAGAUGUAACACCACCAGUGAUCCAGUGUCCGGAAAAGAUGACAGUGGCAACAGAGCCGCACGAGGGUUUCGCCAGGAUCACCUGGGACGCCCCCUUUGUGAAAGACAACUCCAAAGAUGAGGUGCGGCUGGCCACCAUCCCAGCCACCACACAGCCCAUGAAGCUCAACAUUGGCACCCACACCAUCACUUACAUAGCCAAGGAUAAGCUGGGUAACAAGGCCAACUGCCAGUUCUCCAUCACCGUCCUGGACAAGGAGCCGCCCCGUGUGGACUGGUGUGACUCUCCGCCCAUCUUCCUUUCACAUGAAGAGAAUGUUGACGUGUACUGGGAGGAGCCCGUCUUCUCUGAUAACUCCGGCGCUGAAGUUCAGGUAUCACGGUCACUGGAGCCUGGACAGUUCCCACAGGGUGACUCCAUGGUGGAGUAUUGGGCUGUGGAUGAGGCUGGCAACGUAGCCUCCUGUAACAUCACCAUCACUGUUCAGAAACACGCAUGUCAGCUUCCCGUGGACCCCAUCAACGGUGCUGCCAACUGUACUGAGAAUCCUGAGGCUGUGUUCUGCACGCUGAUCUGCGAUGACGGCUAUGCCUUUGCCAUGCGUCCUCGCCAGGACUACUUCUGUGCCUAUGAUGGUGUCUGGCUUCCCGAUGACAACCCCAUGCCCUUCCCAGACUGUUCUGUGACAUCAGUAUCAAACAGCAUCUCCCGGGCAGGAGAGAUGGCCAUGGACAUCUUCUUUAUGGACCAGGUGGAGAAUCAGCUUGAGAAGAAGCUGGAGGAGGCGCUGAACAAAAUGUGCGAGGAGGACGUAGUGUGUGAAGUGGCUGCUGUGGAAGCUGUCUGUGAGAACAUCCUGGCAGAGGCCGAGGAAAAUUUCAACUCUAUUGACUUCUAUAGGGGGAGGCGAUCUAUUCAUGAGGUCUCAUCUUUCUGGCCUGGGGAGGAUGACCAAUCUGUUGAUGGUGACUGGGUGUACUGGAAGCGGGGGGACGGUGUGGACUCAACCAAGAUGCAGAGAGUAAAAAGGGAAACUUCUUUGUUGCACGAGUUUAAGGAUUUUGAAAACACUGAACGACACAAACGACAAUUCGGCUUCUCUCUGGACCACCUGUUUGGCAGCAGUGCCACAACUGAGGCUCCUCAUCGUUCAUACAAGCAUUCAGAGGAUAGCUAUCUCGGUGUCCUGAUUGACGUCAUCACACGAUCAAUGGCUUCGGACAUUGGCUUCGUUCGUUUUGGGUCGUUCCUCUCCAAUCUAGAGUCUGAAAAUGGGGACUACACCACCGAGGACUUCUUAUUAGCCUUCUCUCGUGAGUUUGGGGAAAAUAAGGCAGAGGCACUGCGGGAGCUGGCCGUCAAGAAGCUAAGUGGCAUGAAGAUCUCUGGUCUAAUGAGCCAAGAUACUGCCAGGAAUCACACGGAGAGGGACCAAGACUCCAUCAUGUUCCCAGGCAAGGACCAACGCUCAAUCUUCACUCACUCCUCCUCAGCUCAGGAACACACCUGGACCACUCGUGAUGCUGGACAAAUCCCUGGCCUGGGUGGGGACGAUGGUAAUGGGGCUACGGAACAGACUUCGUUGUUCAGAUCAGGCAGCCAUGGCGUGGGUUCGGCUUCCCAUGACUAUGAUGUGUCUCAUUCCUCACAGGAUGGAGAGGGAUUCAAAAAGAAGGCUUUCAAAGUGCGGUUCAGAGUUGAAGGCCAUGGAACAGGAGCCACAGAUCAGCUGAAGGGAGCCAUGGGAGGGAUAUUGGAAGCAGCGGAGACGGGGCAGCUGGACGUGAAUUUUGGACAGCAUCAGUUGCGAGUGGCGGCCAUUAGGUUGAAGGAGUUCCCCGAAUACAUCUGUGAGGCAGGCAGUGUGCCCCGGGACAACCAGUGUGUCAAAUGCCCAGUUGGGACCUUCUUCAACGUGGUGUUGCGUGAGUGCCUGCCAUGCCCCCAGGGGUCCUUCCAGCCCCAAGAGGGUCAGGUGUCUUGUCUUGUCUGCCCUGAGAACACCUCCACCAAGACUGGCAAUGCCAAGAGUGACCAGGAGUGCAAAGCUCAGUGUCUGCCUGGGUCUUACUCUGAGGAUGGGUUGGAGCCAUGCACCACCUGUGAAAUAGGUCGCUAUCAGGAUGAGUAUGCCUCUCUCACGUGCGCCUCUUGUCCUCAUGAUACCACCACCUGGCGACGUGGCAGCUGGCUCAUACACGAGUGUAAUUCUAUGUGUGGGAGUGGUGAAGUGUCAGAGACAGGGCUGGAGCCAUGUUUUGCAUGUCCCCCAGGCUUCUUCCAGAGUGACCCUGGCAAGACCGAGUGUUUCAGGUGUCCAGAUGGAGCUCACACCCCUGGGUCUGGGUCUGGCUCCCUCUACGACUGUCAAGGUGUGAGCAGGGACUCCCAGGCAGCAUACACAGAUCUUCAGAAGUUGUCCAUAAAUGACUGCUUCAGCGUCCCCUGCCAGAAUCUAGGCACUUGCACCCCCAUGGACUUUGGCUAUGUCUGUCAGUGUCUUCCUGGCUACUCUGGUCAGCAGUGUGAGUCCGAGGUGAAUGAAUGUGAGAGUGAGCCCUGCUACAACAAUGCCACCUGUCUUGACCUACUGGACAACUUCGUUUGUGAGUGUACUCCAGGGUUCCUGGGCUCCCAAUGUGAAGUAGAUGUCAAUGAGUGUGAGCCAAACCCCUGCAGGAAUGGUGCCACCUGUGUUGACCUUGUUGAUGCCUUCAAGUGUGUAUGUCAGUCUGGGUAUACAGGUGAGGUGUGUGACAUGGACAUAGAUGAGUGUGCUGGGACUCCCUGUGCUUCUGGGGCCACCUGCCAGGACCUCCUCAAUGAUUUCUCAUGUCUCUGUCCUCCUGGAGACACCGGCCGCUUCUGUGAGACCCACAUCAAUGAGUGCGAGUCCUCCCCCUGCACUAAUGGUCUCUGUCUCGAUCUUGUUAAUGAUUUCAGGUGUGUGUGUGAGCCGGGGUACACAGGCGACACUUGUGAUGUUAACAUAGAUGACUGUGCAUCUCAACCUUGCACUAAUGGUGCCACUUGCAGUGAUUGGUUGAAUGGGUUCUCCUGCACCUGCGCACCAGGAUACACUGGAAAGCUCUGUGAUACUGAGAUGGUUACAAACUUCAUGUUGGAAUACCCAUCUUCAGGCAUCCUUCACUACGUGUCCCAUGAAGGUUUCCCCGGGCCUCUUACCAGUGCCUCCGUGUGCUUCUGGAUGCGCUCCAAUGACCGGGACAAUUAUGGUACACCCUUCAGUUACGCCACCGAGGACCACGAUAAUGCCUUCACCAUCACAGACUACAACGGGUUUGUGUUAUACAUAAAUGGAGAAAAGCGGAUCACAGAUGUGGCUGCCAAUAAUGGACAAUGGCAUCUAGUUUGUGUUACCUGGACCAACCAUGAUGGCACCUGGGCCAUCUACCUGGACGGUACCACGAAGGACAGUGGGACUGGGUUGGCUAACGGCACCACCAUAGACAGUUCAGGGAUACUGGUCCUAGGGCAGGAGCAGGACCAGCGCGGGGGCAACUACAAUCCCCAGGAGAGCUUCAUAGGGGAUAUGACUCUUUUGAAUGUGUGGGAGGAGGUGUUGACCCCAGCUCAGGUGGAGGCCAUCUUCACCCGCUGUGACAGAUAUAUGGGUACUGUUCUGGGCUGGCCCGAUUUCCAGGCAGGCAUCAAGGGUCAGAUCACGGUGAAGGUUUCAAGCUUUUGCGGGGGAUGUGGUGUCCCAAGAGUGCCUCAGGAUGGUAGCAUACAGGAGAAUGGUGAAGGGCCAGGGGCACAAGUCACUAUCACUUGUAACCUGGGUUUCAAGCUGUACCGUGGCUACAGUGAGCGUACCUGCCUCGUCUAUGGUGCCUGGUCUGGUGAUGAGCCAGAGUGUCAACGGAUCUCCUGCAGUUUCCCAGGGUACCUGAUGAAUGGCCACAUCGAGGGCAACAGCUACAGCUAUGGUGACACUAUCAGCUUUACCUGCAACCCUGGCUUCCUUCUGAAGGGGAGUACCGACAGGACCUGCCAGGCUGAUGGGGAGUGGAGUGGUGAACUUCCUUACUGUGAUGUGAUCAAAUGCCCCCACCUGAAUGCUGUGCCUCAUGGGGAGGUGUUAUCAUUGCUUGGGGACUACAUGCCUAGUAACCAGAUCUCCUUCAGAUGUGAAGAAGGCUACCAGAUGGAUGGCCCCAACACCCUUACUUGUGGGGGUGAUGGUGAGUGGGAUGACCAGCCCCCAAGCUGUCAGUCUGAGACCUGUGGUGUCCUGCCGAGCAUUCCUAACGGACACGUGGAAGGUGGACCUUUGGUGUGGCCGGGGGAGCAGGUGGUGGUGAAAUGUGGGUAUGGCUACAAGUUGGUGGGCGAUGCUCUCGUCACCUGCAAGGAUGAUUCAACCUGGUCCCGCCCUCUCCCCAAGUGUGUUAAACCCAAGUGCCCUAAGCCACCAGUGGUCCUCAACGGUAAGGUCAAGGUUCGGGCAUCAGCCUCAUCCAAAGAGGCAGUGUACAAGUGUGACCCUGGCUUUACCCUGGUGGGGGCCAGUACACUAUCAUGUGGUGUUACUGGGGAGUGGGAUGGACCCUGGCCCACUUGUGAAGGCUUCCCUUGUUCUGACCCGGACGUACCUGCACAUAGCUCCAUACCACAGAAGGAAGUGUGGCGGGUUGGUGACACACUGAUAUAUGAAUGUGAGGAGGGUUACAGGAUGCAUGGCAAUGCAUUCCGCAAAUGUGUGAUUAAUAGAAAUGAGGGAAAUUGGGAGGGGGACGUGCCAGACUGCCAAGCAAUCACCUGCCCAACACUCAACAGACCUCAAAAUGGAGCUCUGUCUGUGGUGUACCGUCCACCUGCAGCUUCUGGCUCAUCAAAUAACCAGUUCUUAGUUUUCCCUCAAGUUUCUGGAGAAAUCGAACUGAGGAGAAAGCGUAGUCCAGACAUUGAGUUCCCAUCCUUAAGUUUCCCAACCUUGGGUUCUCCAGACAUUGAGUUCCCAUCUUUAGGUUUUCCAGACCCUCAUUCUGACCCUGUUUGGUUCCCAGAUGAUUAUGAUGAAUUUUCUCAGAACACUGGUCAAGCAUCAAGUGAUUAUCAUGAUUAUGGGCAGUCAUCAAAAGGUUUUGAAUUUUCACAGAGUACAGGUCAAGCAUCAAGUGAUUAUGAAAAUUUUGGGCAGUCAUCAAAUGGUUUUGAAUUUUCACAGAGUACAGGUCAAGCAUCAAGUGAUUAUGAAAAUUUUGGGCAGUCAUCAAAUGGUUUUGAAAUUUCACAGAGCACUGGCCAGGUGUCAAGUGGGUUUGAUAAUUUCGGACAGUCUUCUAAUGGAUUUGAUGAUAACAGUCAAUCUAGUGAUUAUUUUACUUCUCAAACCAGUGGAGGUUUUGAUCAAGGCUUGCAGUUAGACCAGGGAGACUACCUAUAUGGCACUGAAGUUGAGUAUAACUGUCGUCCAGGCUAUAAACUCUUAGGUGCUCAUCGACGUCAGUGCUCUGAAGCAGGUGAGUGGGACACCCCAGAACCUCAGUGUUAUGAGCAGUACUGCCCUGAAUUGGGUGCAGUGCCUAAUGGCCACAUUGUUUACCAUGGCUCAGGUGUUGACAGCCGUGCAGAAUAUGUCUGUGAUGAAGGUUAUAAACUUGAAGGUGAAGAGUUUGAGCUUCUCUGCCAGUCACACAGAACAUGGCUCGGAGAGGUACCUUCCUGCCAUAUUAUUGACUGUGGUGAACCUCCAAAUUUAGGCAAUGGCACCGUCGAUGCUUCAGUCACUACAUUCGGUUCCUUGGCUACUUACAACUGUUUCUUUGGGUUUGUCCUUGAAGGCAGUGUUGAACGGUACUGCAGCACUAAUGGCCACUGGAAUGGGUCCAUGCCUCGGUGUGUGGCGGUCACUUGUAAAGUUCCCCCUGUCAUUGAGAAUGGUUACAUUACAUUCGAGGGCAACUUGUAUGUGGAUUCUCCGAUAGAAUAUGAAUGUAAGGAGUGCUACAAGCUCAUUGGCCCUCUCACCAGAUACUGUCAGAUAGAUGGCACAUGGAAUCUGGAAGAACCAGUCUGUAACCUGAUAUACUGCGAUGAAUUACCAAAGAGUAUCCCCAACGGCCGUGUGAUAGGUAAUGAUAACUCUUGUGGCUCUCUGGUUGAGUAUGAGUGUUUGCCUGGCUACCAGCUGAAUGGAAGUCAGAAGGCAACAUGCAUGGAUAAUGAGAGAUGGAGUUCACCUGCACCAGUGUGUGAGAGAGUCAGUUGUGGUCUUCCUCCAAAACUGGCAAACGGAAACUACAUUGGCACAUCAUUUAAGUUUACUGAUAAGAUCAUAUUUGAGUGUAAUGAAGGUCACAUAAUGCAGGGACCUGGUGUGCAGGUGUGCCAACCUGAUGGGACCUGGUCAGGGUCAUCCCCUUUCUGUGCCAUUGUCAACUGCACCAAGCCCAGGGGACCCUCCAAUGGUAAGGUGCGUCUCAGUGGACUUUUUUUCAGUUCAUAUGCAAGCGUUGAGUGUGAUCCAGGGUAUACCAUGGAUGGUGAAAGUAAACUAAUGUGUGGUGCAACAGGCAACUGGGAUACAGAGAUGCCUCACUGUUUACCUGUCAUCUGCCCACCUGCACCUCAGGUGAUACAUGCUACCUACAACUCCACUGAAUUGCAGUUUGAGUCAUUUGCAGUUCUCAAGUAUGAGUGUGAUGAGGGCUACUACACCACAGCAAAGAGCAUCUUACUGACAUGCAGUGCCACAGGAGAGUGGGAGGGUGAGGACCUUCAGUGUCAUCCUGUGGAUUGUGGGAACCCAGGGACACUGCCUCAUGGCUAUAUCUCUGGUAAUGACUAUAUGUAUGGUAAUAUAGUACGAUUUACUUGCGAUACAGGUUACAAACUCCUGGGUGAACCCACAGCUGAGUGUCAGUUUGAUGGAUCCUGGAGUAACUAUGUGACUUCUUGUUUACAAAUCACCUGCCCUGAGCCACAGCAGAUAGAAUUUGGCAAGAUGAAAUUGGAAAAUGAUGAUAGUGUGUUUGGUACAUCCCUAACUUAUCAGUGUAAUACGGGGUACAUUAUGACAGGAAACACCAACCGCACUUGUAACAUCAAUGGAGUGUGGACAGGAGUCGAGCCACAGUGUCAACCAGUUACUUGUCCGGAGCCUUUUGAAGCUCUCAAUUCUGUGCGUGAAGGUGACUUGUUUGAGCAUGGUCAUAGUAUUCGUUAUUCCUGUAAUGAAGGCUACUCUAUGACAGGCAGCGCGGAGCUUGUAUGCCAAGCUGACGGUUCAUGGUCGAAUCAGGUCCCUGUUUGUGAUAUGAUAACGUGCCCAGAAAUUCCAGACAUGCAGCAUGGCAGCUGGGAGGUGAAAACUUUAGGGGAGUAUCCUAUCAAAACUGAACCUCUGAUAGCAAAGGGCCAUGGUAAAGGUCACUCCAAAGGUCGUGGGAAGUUGAAUGUCCUCUCCAAACUCCAAUCACUGAUACAAGGAGAAGCAGUGGAAGGACUGAUACACAAAUUCGGAGAUGUUGUCGAAUUUCAGUGCAACGCAGGCUAUUCCAUGGCAACAAGUAGUCUGUUGGAGUGUACAGAAAAUCUCUGGAGUGCCCCCGUGCCUCAGUGUCAUCCCAUCUCUUGCCCAAUCCCUAUCAACAUCCGUCAUGGCAUCAUCAUAGGUGGAGAUUACAGCUACAAUGCCACCAUCCAUUACGAGUGCAAUGAGGGGCACGAACUCGUUGGCAAGAGCAACAGGACCUGCCAGGAGAACAAGGAGUGGACGGAUACUGAGCCCUUCUGCAGGGUUAUCGAGUGUGCUAGACCAGCAGACCUGGAGAAUGGUCAGACUUUGGGAAAGAGCAUCAAGUACCGCUCCAUCCUCUCAUACGUGUGUGAUGAAGGUUUCAGACUAGAGGGGGUCAGCACCAGGACUUGUCAGAACAAUGGUCUCUGGACUAGAGAGCAGCCUGUGUGUGUAGAGCUCUUCUGUGACCUGCCCGAAGAAGUAGUCCAUGGCAUAAGGGAGAGCAUCAGUCUCAAGGUGGGAGGAACGGUGAGGUAUUCGUGUAUUGAGGGCUACCGUAUGGAGGGCUCCCCAGUUCUCAACUGCAUCAGUGAGGGCAAGUGGGACACAGUGCCCCCUAAGUGUUUGCUGGUGGACUGUGGCCCACCACCCACUGGUGACAACGUUGUCCUCCAUGGCUCACACACCGCCUAUGCCUCCCAGGUAACCUUUGAGUGUGAACGUGGAUACUGGAUGGAUGGGAUUGAUUGGACUACAUGUUUGCAUUCUGGCAGGUGGAGCAAUGAGCCACCGCCAUGUGAGCCCAUUUACUGCCCUUCUCCACCCGCACUACCACACGGUCACCUUCUAGAUGAUGAGGAGGAGGUGGAGAUACUGAACUUGGCCGAGGCUGUGACGCCUCCAAGACAAAAGAGUAACACUGGAAAGAAGGGCAAUAAGAAGAAGGGUUCGAAGGGCAAGAAGAAAGGGCACAAAUUCUCUGACCGAAUGGUUGAAAAAUUGUAUCGGAUGGAUGACGAGGUGAGCUGGGAGUGCGAUGAAGGGUUCCAGGCAGAAGGCAAGAGUACUGCAACAUGCACAGGAGAGGGGGACUGGUCAAAUGCCCCACCACGCUGCAGCAGGGUAUCAUGUGGGCCCCCUCAGUUACCAGACUAUGCCAUUAUUGAAGGUGAAGUCUUUCUCUACGGUGCCACAGCUAACUACUCCUGCAGGGAAGGCUAUGAACUUCAGGGGGCAAGUGUUCUCACCUGUGAAGCUAAUGGUGAGUGGAGCUCUGAAGCACCCACUUGUGCCCCUGUGUCAUGUGGGUCUCCCACACACUUCCCCCACACCCUCAUCCGCUUCAUAACUCCAGAACACAAUCAGCCACAUUCCUACGGCUCCACUGCUUCCUACUCCUGUGACCUAGGAUACCAGCUGCAAGGGGGAGAAAACCAGGUGUGCGAGGCUAACGGAGAGUGGGUGGGCGACGAUCCAUCCUGUGUGGCGAAGUUAUGUGACUACUUGCCAGAGCUCACACAUGGCCAUGCGGUGAAGCAAGAAGAGGUGUACCCCCAGACAGCCACCCUUUCCUGUGACCCGGGCUACAACCAACUAGGGGAUUCCACAGUUGAAUGUAACCUUGGACAAUGGCAAGAAUUCAACACGACAUGUGAACCAGUCAACUGCUUUGAGCCAGAGAUCCCAGCCUUUGGCAAAAUCACAGCGAAGCACUUCAGUUUUAGCAGUGUGGCCAACUAUUCAUGUAUGUAUGGAUACAUGCUCAUUGGCAACCCCUCUGUCAAGUGUGAUGUAGAUGGUACCUGGAAGGGCGACUUACCUAUUUGUCAGCCUGUCGACUGUGGUGUGCCAGAGGAGCCGAGCAGUGGGACUGUGGAGUCUUCGUACACAGACCUGGGAGCAGAGGCACUCUACCACUGUGACCCAGGGUAUCAGCUCUAUGGCAAUGACACCCGUGUCUGCACUGCCCAGGCCACAUGGAGUGGCAACCUUCCUCAGUGCCACCGAAAAGACUGUGGAGAGAUCACGCCUCCACAGAACGGUUUUGCCAUGGGUGUGGGGACAUUGUACGAGGACAGAGUCAAGUUUGCAUGUGAGAAAGGUUACGUGAUGAAUGGUGAGGCUCACAUCUACUGUGAUGCCUCAGGCACAUGGUCCUCCGCCACGCCCCGAUGUGAACCAUCAGUAUGUGGGAGAGCCCCGGUUCCCCCCAAUGUAGUGCAGCCCUCAGCAGCUUCCUCGACUAGCGCUGUGUUCCAGAACCGCCUCCACUUCACCUGCCAGGAGGGUUACAUAAUGCGGGGAGACCUGUCAACCACUUGCCUCGACACCGGCCUCUGGUCUCGCGUACAGGGACAAUGUUCUAAGAUUUCAUGUGGACGUCCCAAGAUCAACACAGAUGGGGCAGUGGUGUUGGGCCGCUCCUUCUACCACAGGGACAAGGUGGUCUAUCGCUGUCCUCCAGGCAAAUCAGUCAAUGGAUCAGCAGUAUUGACGUGUCUAGCUGAUGGGUCGUGGUCCGGGGUGCCAGCAUGUGUAGGUCAGUGUGGCCGUCGCUGCCUCAACGGAGGAGUCUGCCUCAGUAAUAAUGUGUGCACCUGCCCCCCAGGAUACGUCGGCGACCACUGCCAGCACGCCGUGUGUAUAGCAUCAUGUCUUAAUGGUGGGACCUGUAUCGCGCCCUACAAGUGUCGCUGCCAAGUGGGUUAUGUUGGUACCCGUUGCCAGACGCCGGUGUGUGAGGAAGGAUGCGGAGAGAAAGGACGCUGCAUCGGCCCCAACGUGUGUCACUGCAGUAGAGGCUACACCGCCCCCUCCUGCGAUGAUGAGGACGACUACGAUUACAGCUACUAUGGUGGGCAGGAUGACAGCCAGGAUCGCACACGCUAUAAUGACUGGGAUUUGGUGGCCCUCCGACAACGCUACAACCGGCGACCCUAACUCAUGGUUGCAUCCUUUAACUCUUCAUAAAAUAUGAGUUAUGUGUACAAUAAUCAAAUACAAGUUGUUGUAUAAUGAGUGAUUGUAUUGUAAUUAAUGGGUUAUUAUGCUGUGAAAUAAGGGAUACAGUAUAUUUUUACACCUAAUAUUGAGUACAUAAUUUUUAUAAGUUGAUGACAGAUUUUAAUUAUGAUUGAUAACCAUUUUUAUAAGCCACAGCCAGCAAAUUAUCCACUGGUGAAACAUACCAGUGUCACGGAAGGUAGAUCCUUCUGGAGAUGCUAACAUGGUGAAGUUCAUGUUUCAAAGCAUCAAACUAAAUUGGUUAUAAUUUGUAACGUAACAUAACACAGGUAGAGUUUGGCUUCACAGUGAAUGAUUUAAGUCAAUAUGAUUACACAAAUCUCACUGAGGUAAUAUUUCCUGAAGGAUUUUUAUCCCUUGACAUUAAGUGAAUUCAAGUUAAUCCUCAACCUGAAAUGUGAAAGUUAAACCACAAAUAAAAUUUAUAAAGGGACAUGAGCUUGAAAUUGAAAGAAGUACUGUUCAGGUAUUUCAAAUAUUAGUGAGCUUUUUGUAAUUACGGUAAAAGAAAUCAGUUUCUAAUUCUUUUGAAACUGUUUAAGUGAGUAUGAUGGAUUAUGAAUGACUUAGUUAUACUCAACACCCUAUUUAGCCAUUUUUAUAUUAAAGUAUACAGACAAUCCUCGACUUACGUGAGAGUUACGUUCCUGGAACCAUUACAUAACUCAAAUUUUAUGUAAAUCGAAUUUACUCAGUAACCUUAAAUGGGUAUCCUACCUAAUGAAUGUAAUAUACAUACACAAUACCUAGCAUUAGGUAAUGCAUCCUGUAAGAUGGAGAUAACUACAGUACAGUACAAUAUCUUUCUGUAAACAAUGAAUUUAAAUAACUAAACAACUGUAUUAAUACAUAACAGAUUAUUAAUUGAGUAUUUACAGUACUGCACUAGCACAUUACAGGUACCUUAAUUCUUAUUGUUGACUUGCUAACCUGAGGAGAGGAAAGGGCGGCAAACUCCUCCAUAGGGUUGUCAGGAAUCAUCAACACUCUUCUACAAUGUUGUGGGACCAUAAGAAGCAUCUCGGAUAAUAUUAUUUUUCUCAAUGGGACUUGUACAAUGAAAGACAAAAGUCGUGUCGUGAAAUUUGGUGAAAACAUAUGCCGAAGGGCUAAACUUUUGGUGCGCUCUGCCUUGUGGUAAGGGGCUCUCAUAUUGUUUCACGAGUUAUAUUUAAUCUUCAGACAAAAUUGCGACACACAUUUUGUCUUUGAUUGUACAUAAAAUCGAAUUUAUGUAAGUCGAGUGUUACGUAACCCGAGGAGUGCCUGUAUUCUCAUAGAUGUAAUAUAACACCUAGUUAGGUAUGACAACUGCGGCAGUUUACUUUUCAAUACACUGUAAGUCUUCAUAUUCCUUAAUUCUGACACAUGUCUUUAGAAAAUAUACUUACGGUAUUUACACUGAAUAUGAUAUGUAAUGUUGCUCUGGUAUAUAAACUAGAAAAUGACCUACACUAAUUACCAGAAAUUAUGAUAUAAUAAAAUAAAGUGAAGA